GGAACAGGCUUCUGACUUCAGAGUUCUAUGCUUUUGUCUGACAUCUUCCUCCACUUAGCUCAGGCUUUUCCUAGUCCUUUGCAGCAUGGAGGCCCCAGGGCUGGCAAUCCUUACAGAAGACAGCAGAAAAAUGGACCUGUCCCAUAAAUUUACAAAGAAAGAGCUCACUCUGCUGUAUGAAGAAGUCCUCUAUACCAUUCAUCAUCGCUUGGGCAAACCAGAUCCAAACCAUGUUGCUGAUCCAGAUGAACUGUAUGCAUAUGUGCAGAAGGCCUUUGGUAUGGACCCAGAUGAACACCGCAUCAACCUACAGAGGGUCAAACAGCUAGAGAAACCAAUUUUUUGUCUCAAAGCAACUGUCAAACAAGCCAGGGGUAUUCUGGGUAAAGAUGCCAGUGGACUGAGUGAUCCAUACUGCCUCCUAGGGCUAGAAACUAAAAGGGAAGGCUCUUCCACCAAUGGCAGUGCCCAUCAAGAGAACAAGAAACGGGCAAAGGCAGUGGUGAAGAAUCUGAUCCCUGAAGACCAGACCCAUCGCACCCAAGUCAUCAUUCAGACACUAAAUCCUGUGUGGGAUGAAACUUUUAUCCUGGAGUUUGAAGAUAUAGCAAAUGCCAGAUUUCAUUUGGACAUGUGGGAUUCUGAUGAAGUUGAAACUGUACGCCACAAGCUGGGAGAAGUAACAGACCUUCAUGGCCUAAAGAGGAUUUUUAAGGAAGCUCGGAAGGACAAAGGACAGGACGACUUCCUAGGGAAUGUGGUUCUUCACCUGCAGGACCUGCACUGCAGGAAUGACCGCUGGUACAAACUGGAACCUCGUACAGAAACCUAUCCCAACCGAGGACACUGUCACCUACAGUUCCUUUUAAUCCAUAAGAAGAGGGCCACCGUUGCCAGCAAGACACAGCCAAGCUAUAUGGUUCACCGGCAUCUUCUACAGCAGAUGGUUUCUUAUGAGAUUCUUCAGCAUCAGGCUGGCAGCACUUCCUGGGAUGGUGAACUGAGCAAGCACGCUAAUACAAUCUUGUACCUACAUGCUACUCAGAAAGACCUUUCAGACUUUCACCAGGACAUGGCGCAAUGGCUUGCUUAUAGCAAACUAUAUCAGAUCUUAGAGUUCAACAGCAAUUGCUUGCUCCACCAAAUCACCAGCAUAGAGUACCAGUGGGUAGAAGGACGGUUAAGAUCUGAACAGCAAACAGAAUUGACUGACUCUUUCCAGUCCUUUCUCACCUAUGGACUUUCAGUCCUUCAGAGGUAUAGGAUUGUCUUCCCACUCUCUGCUCCUAAGUCUACAGAAAGGCUACAGUCUUUGCUCAGGGUCUUGGUCCAGAUGUGUAAAAUGAAAGCCUUCAGAGAGUUUUGUACUCAUACCCCUGACCUUCAGCAAAUGGUAAAAGAGGCUCUCAAGGCUGGAACAGCAGAGUGGUUUCAGAUGAAGAAGCAGCACCUGAAGCCGAUGGUAAAGAGUAUGGAGGAGUCUGGUAAGGCCCUGGUCGAGCUUCUUGUGGAAGUGAAUGCAGAUCUCCAGCAGUGUCUCAAAACCUGGAACAAAUAUUUCAUCAGCACUGUGAGAGUGGAUCUCUUCUCAGUUGCAUAUCUUGAAAUGGAGCAGCUGGUUUCCUGUUAUGUCAAGGAGCAGCUGAAUGAGAUUGACAGUGGCAUGUCCCAACUCACAGCAGAGAGUCUGUUCCAGCUCUAUCUCAGCCUGCAGGAACUCUAUCGCCUGAAGGACUUUGUGAGCAACAGAGAAGGUCCUCUUGAACUGACCAACUUCCACCAUUGGUUUAAGGAGGCCAUCCCUAAAUGGCUGCAGAAGGCAUACACAAUAGCUCUCGAAAGGACCCAGAGGGCUGUCCAAGUAGACCAGCUAGUGCCAUUGGGGGAGGUGAAUAAGCACAGUACAUCCACCGUGGACUUAUCCACGUGUUAUGCCCAGAUGGUCAAGACCUGGCAGCAGCUGGACUGGCCAGAUCCUGAAGAGGCCUUCAUGAUCAUGGUGAAAUUUGUUGAGGACAUGUGUAAAAUUGCUCUGACAUACUGCCGGUUGAUCAAGAAAAGGGCAGAAGAAUUGUCAUCAAACCAACGUGAGGAGGGAGAAGCAGCUAACAAGCUCUGUGUUGUGGUGAACAACAUUGAGCAGCUCCGCACAAUGAUCCUGAAGUUGCCGUCGCAGCUGGACUGGACACGUCUGGAGCAGAAGGCUGGAAAUGUUAUUGCCCCAGAACAAUUCCAGAACACACUCCACCACCAGCUUCAGGCUACCGUCACCUGCCUCAACAGCGAGAUACGAAGUGUGGUCCAGACCUUGGGAACCAAACUGGAUGCUGGAAUUGCCAGGCACAUCCAAGAAUUGUCGGCCUCCAGUGACUCUAAGGACCCAGAGGAUAGCAUCACCCCUUUAAUGAAAUUCUUGGAAUGUGAGCUCCAAUACCUAAGUGGGAACCUGGUCCAGGAGAACUUCAAUAGCCUCCUGGGGCUGCUGUGGAAUCACACCCUGGAGCUGCUGAAAGGGGCUGCAAAACAGAAAGCUGGCAACUUGAGGCACUUCAGGAAAUUGCAAUUUGCCCUCCAGAGCUUGGAACUCUGUUUUCAUGCUGAGGGCUGUGGUUUGCCAAAGGACACCCUUCACACUACAACAUUUACGGCUCUGGAAAAAGAGUUGGACCUCUGCUCUUCCACCAGCAGAAGACUUAUUCAGAAGUAUUUCAGUGCCCGAAUCCAGCAGCAGAUGGAGGCUGGCCCCGACAAAUAUGGAGCUGUGACCAUUAAAGCCCUCUACCGCCACUCAGAACAAAAGCUGCACAUUGAAGUACUCAAUGCUGUUAACCUCCUUCCCCUGGACUCCAAUGGUUCAAGUGAUCCCUUCAUCCAACUCACCUUGGAGCCGCGGCAUGAGUUCCCUGAGGUCAUGGCACGGACAACCGAGUGCAUAAAGAACAGUCUCCACCCUCUCUUUGAUGAAGUAUUUGAAUUUUUGGUCCCUCCAGAUAAAUGCCAACAAGAUGGAGCAUGCCUAUUGCUCACAGUGUUUGACUAUGACACCUUAGGCGCCAAUGAUCUGGAGGGAGAAGCCUUCCUCCCCCUCUGCAGAGUGUUGGGACUGAAUGAAAAGGAAGAAAUCAUCAAUCCCUCUGUAGUGCCACAGAUCCGUCUGUCUUUGACUCAUCCUGGAACUGCUGGCAAUGAAAUCUUAAAGAUUUUGGAGAUCCGAAAAGGAGACAAAGAAGCACAGGCUUUUGUGAAGCUCCGCAGGCAAAGGUCCAAGCAGUCAAAGGAGUCAGAGUGACAGUAGCCAAACAGGAGGGCUGGGACUGGCCUGAGGAGCAAAAGGCCCUGAAAAACCAUGGCAACAGCAAGUUACACACCAGAGAGAGCACAGGCAGAAGCCACGAGACUUUAGAUGCUUUGGCUGGUGGCUUUGAUGCAGACAGUGCGAUUCUUUUGUCAGCACACACUACUGAGCUGCAGCAAGGCCAAAUGCUCUCAGUUGUGUUUGGAUGAAUGUUUCUUCUGUUUUCAUCCAAGAGGCAAUGGGAAAGAGUUGUGUGGUGCUACACUCUCUUGAGCAUUCUCUAUUUGCAGCAGGGUGUGAACUCUGAAAACAUGGAACUACUUUUGAAGCUACUGCUAAGAAAAAUUGUUAGCAAACACAAACAUACACAGCCUCUGGAAAGAGCCUGUUUGACUAGCAAAGCUUGUAAUGAGCCCCUUGUGCAGGAAGUACCAGAGCAUCUAAUCUCUGGUGCAGGAAAUUCUUUGCUCUCCAGAUGGCAUGGAAAGCAGGCUGCCUGUUAUGUGUCAAUGCCAAAGCAGGGAGGGGUCACCUUUUGCCAAGGAAGAGACACACCUGCUAAUUUCUGCUCUUGCUUCUGAUUAAGGACCGUUGGCUUAACAGGGAAUUAAAUGGCAUGGUGGCUGGCAAGGCACUGAUGUGGAAUCGAUCCCUAAACAUCUGCAGGGUAGUUUUGAUUGUUGCAAAGAAGGCACAGAUGCUGCUGGGGAGUGUGACAUCUUGCAGUUUAAUGUAGCAGACAUUUUUUUUU